GGCAUAGAUUGGAAGUGCGUGCGCUAUAUGCUCUCGGAGAUUCAAUUCGGUGGACGCAUCACUGACCCCGAGGACAUGGUCAUUAUGGUGACCCUGACGCGACACAUGUUCAAGGAGUACAUGUUCCAGCAGGACUUUGAACUAAUUCCGGGCUACAUUAUUCCGCAUCUCUCCACAGUGAACCAGUUCCUCGGGUUCGUUAACUCCCUGCCGACACACGAAUCCCCCGAAUCCAUCCACCUCCACCCCAAUGCUGAAAUCGCCUACUUAACGCAGGUUUCGGAGAACAUGAUGGCAAAUAUCCUGGCGACCGCGCCACCAGACACCAUCGAGGACAUCGAUGAAGCCGUCGACGUCUACGAAGCCGACGCGCCAGCGACGGGGCCCACAAAGGAGAUGCAGAUACGCGAGUUGUGCACCUCGAUGCUGUCACGUCUGCCACCGCUCUACAACCCCUUCACCAUACCGGAGCGCCUCAGGGCCCUCGGCAACCUCAAGCCGAGCGUCAUUUUCCUCCGGCAGGAGGUACAACGCAUCUCCAAAUUGCUCGAUAUCACACAAAGCGUGCUUAAGGAUCUGGUCGAUGCCAUCGACGGCAAGAUCAUCGUGAAUGAGGGCCUGCGCGAAGCGAUGGAUUCGAUAUACUUUGCCAAGGUGCCGCCCAUCUGGCACAGGGUGAGA